CCUUAAUUUCUGAAUCAAUUCCAUCACGUUGGUUUCCAAUCUGUAUCUCAUAAGAGCCUAGCUUCUUCCCAUCCCCCAAGCUCUCGUGGACCUUUCUUGGCCAUUGAUUUUGCGUCUCUCCCUACCCACUUGGCCUCCUCAGUCCUCACCUACAUAUACAGAUGCAUGUCGGUAUUGGGUGUUGGCCCUAGAACAGUCACACCCCACCUGAGAAAAGGGAUGAUGGAGUCUUCUUCUGGGAUCUCACUGGCCAGAGCUGAAGCUUUUCUGAGGCUUUUUGCCAUACUGGUCUUGGUCUUGACUGCUUGUUUGCUGGGCUUUGACACCCAAACCAAGCUUCUCUUCUCCACUAUUAAGAAGACUGCCACUUUCAGAGACUUGGGUGCUCUCCAAGUCGUGGUUUAUGUUGAUUCUGUGGCUGCUGGGUAUAAUCUCCUUCAACUAGGCAGGGGUUUUAUCUCUGCUAAGUUGAAAGGGAAGCUUAUAAACGUGUCAUAUGUCACUCUUCCUUGGGUUUGUUUCCUCUUAGAUCAGGCAGCAGUGUACACCGUAUUUUCAGCAAACACAGCUGCAUUGCAGGCCUCCAUUAUAGCUGUCACUGGUGAGAGCAGCCUUCAAUGGAUGAAGGUAUGCAACAGAUACACCAGGUUCUGCAUCCAAGUUGGUGGGGCUCUUCUCUCUGGCUACCUAGCCUCCCUCCUCAUGGUCCUGCUCUCUUCUCUGUCUGCCUUCUCUUUGUUCAGACUCUACUCACCUAAACAAUUUCACCUCCUAAAGCCCACUUAGUUCUUUUCCAUCAAGGCUGAUAAAUUAUGUGCCUUUGUAAUGUUGGCUUAAUGCAGAAUGUACAUUGUAUUUGUAUCCAUGCAAAUACCUCUCUCUAUAAGGUA